AAGCAGCAAGCAUUCCUUUCUUUUUAUACUUCUCUUUAGCUCCUCAGGUUUUGAGAAAAGAUGGGAAAAGUUUCCUCUUCCUUUGGUGUGAUGCUGCUGCUAUUGCUGGUUAUAGGACUGGCUGAGUGUCGGAUAUUAGAGAAAGUUGAGUAUAAAGAGAACGUAGGAGGUGGUUUUGGUGGAGGAAGUGGCGGAGGAUUUGGUCAAGGUGGUGGUGCCGGAGGUGGAUUUGGAGGUGGUUCUGGUGGUGGAGUAGGAGGAGGAUUUGGAGGAGAAAGUGGUGGUGGGGGCGGCUUUGGAGGUGGCCCUGGAGGAGGGUUUGGCAGUGGUGGAGGUUCAGGUGGUGGAUUUGGAGGUGGGUCUGGUGGUGGUGGAGGUUUAGGUGGUGGCUUUGGAGGUGGGUCUGGUGGUGGUGCAGGAGGUGGUGCCGGUGGCGGCUUUGGUGGUGGCGGCAAUCUCCAGUCACACCACCCAAUUCCACGGGCCCCCAAUCACUACUAUUAACCAUAAGAUUCAAAUUCGACAAUCCAAGUCUAUCCAAAAUAUUGAUCCCAAAGAUGUAGCAGAUAACUCAUUGACAAACAUUUGAAUUUUAUGUAUAUUUGAAUUUUGUAUCAAGCCUAUCCUUUUUGUUCUAUAUUUGAAUAUAUCUGAUCUUGUAAAGUCCUAAUAUACAUAAUGAAAACUUCUCAUCUGGUA